AUGGGAUGGAAUAGUUGGAAUCAUUUUCCAUGUAAUAUCAAGGAAACCAUUUUUCGAGAAGUAACGGAUAGCAUUGUAGCCACAGGUUUAGCUGCUGUUGGCUAUGAAUAUGUGAAUCUGGAUGAUUGUUGGCAAAUAAGUCGUGAUGAUCAAGGUACUAUACAAGCUGAUCCACAAGCUUUUCCUAGUGGUUUUCCAGCCUUAGCUGAUUAUGUUCAUUCAAAAAAGCUUAAAUUUGGUCUCUAUUCAGAUGCUGGAUUCGCGACUUGCGAUAGUAGACCGGGUUCUUUACAUUAUGAAGUAAAAGAUGCUAAUACUUAUACAUCAUGGAAUGUAGAUUAUUUGAAAUAUGAUAAUUGCAAUAGUGAUGGAACUAUGCCUAUCGAAAGAUAUCCUGCUAUGCGAGAUGCAUUGAAUGCAACUGGAAGACCAAUUUUCUACUCACUAUGUGAAUGGGGUAUAGAUGAACCAGCUCUUUGGGCAGCUAAUGUUGGUAACAGUUGGCGAACGACCGAAGACAUUCAAAAUAAUUGGCUGUCAAUGUUGAAUAAUAUCGAUAUUAAUAAUGAAUAUGCGGAUAAAGCGGGACCUGGUGGUUGGAAUGAUCCUGAUAUGCUUCAGGUUGGAAAUGGCGGUAUGACAGAUGAAGAAUAUAUGACGCAUUUUGGUUUGUGGUCUAUCAGCAAAGCACCUCUUCUUAUCGGCUGCGACGUCCGUAAUAUGAGUUCAGCUACUCUAUCAACCCUUUCUAACCCAGAAGUGAUCGCUGUUAAUCAAGAUCCAUUGGGUGUUCAAGGAAGAAAAGUUGCUUUUUUAUCAUCUCGAUUACCUAAUACAACAACAAAUGUAGNGAGGAAAUUUUCAUGA